UAUACUGUACGAAUACAGACUCGUCCCAAACGAAAGACAACAAUCAACAAAUGGUGAUCUGCUUACCUGUUGGUGCCGAAAGAUAUUGAUUACUAGGUGUAGUCCUAAACUAUUUGAUUAAUACAUACAAGAAUUGGAGAAAGAAACGUAUAACGAAAAAUUCUACAAGAGGCUAUAUUUCUAUUGCAAUGUAAUUCCAACGACGAUACGAAUUUUAUAUAAAGAACAUUCUUUCAGGAAGCUACAAAUUUUAUUACAUCGUACUCAAUGGAUUAUAAAUAUAUCUGCUUAUAUACUUAAUAAAUAAAAAAAUAAAUAUAUAUAUAUAUAUAUAUUUGUAUAUAUAUUUAUAUGAAAUAAAAAAAAAAUUUCUAAAAGGACAGAUAUAGAACAACAUUUAUAACAACAUAUAAUGUCCACUUAUUUAUAAGAAAUAAUGAAGAAUUAUUUCGGAACAAUUACUUGCCUAUAAAAUAAGUAGUAAAUUUUUGUUAUUAUAUUGGUGCCAACUAUCAUAGUUACGUUCAUAUAAAUCAAUAUUGGCUGAUGUUGAGGAGAUAAUAAUUGUCACUAUACAAUUUUUUUUAUAUGUCCAAUAGACACUACAAAAUAAUAGUUACAUCUCCCCCAUGUCUUUCCUUUGAAAAGUGAAAUCAUACUGAGAGAGAAGGAAAUGGUGAAGUGCCUGCGUAGGCAACGCGCAUGUCCAUCGUAGAAGGGAGAAAAUAAUUGACCAUAUAAGGAGUAAAUGACAAAUAAUAACUUAAUAGUUAGAAGGAAAAAUCUAUUUAGUUAUACACGCACAAUUGGACUAAGAGGGGAGAAACGUAUCAUAUGUAAUAAAUAUUACAUGAAUUAUUGCUGCGGGAAAAAAAAUUUCUGCUCUUAGAGACAAUUGUUAGAAAUCCACGCUUACAUCUAUUAUUUUAAAAAUUCAUUUAGAAGGGAUAUUUAGAAUAUUUGAUAUAGAAAACGGCAUGGGUUAGAAGCCAAUCGAAAUUAAUGCGCUGUAUGAGUUACCAAUAUGUCUCCGGAAGACAAGAAGUAUUUCUUAAAUGAGUACUAUAUUUAUAAUAUUUUAUUCUUUAAAUUAAUUGGCAUUUCGCCUUAUAAAACAUCUUCGUGUCAAAUGAUUCACAUUUAUUGUUUCAAUCUUAUCAUAGCAGUAGCAUCAUUUUCACAGGUAAAUCACUUUCUGAUAUAUAAUUAUACUAACAUGUGAUUAGAACAAGUUAGAUCAAGAUUGCUUAAUGUACUUUAGGUUUGUAUGCUCAUCUUGUCGGAACUGAAGAUAGAUCCUAUCACGAAAUUAUUGGAAACGGCUUUGCCUAGUAUUUUCUUUUCAUUAACAUAUUACAACUUUUUAUCGAAAGUUAAAAUCGUUCGUAUUCGGCAUAAUUAUUUUAUUUAAAUCAGACAAAUAAACAUGCAAGGAUACAAUAUAUCGUAAUACUUUCAGAUAAAGGCAAUUCUAUUUCGUAUUAAAUCAGAUUGGAAUAAUAUGACGAUGAAGUCUGAAUUGAUGAUAUUAAAAAUAUAUGCUAAUCUAGGCAGAAUGUGUACAAUAUUAAUCGCAAUUGCUUUUUAUAUGUAUAUUACGAUUCUAAUGCUACCAUCCGUGAUACAUGUUAUUUUAUAUAUCUUUGAUGUACUGGAUGAAACCGAAUUAAUAUUACCAAUUUCUAUUGAUUACUUUUUGAAAGAUCAAUCGAAUUUCUAUUUCGCACUAUUCAACGAAUACGCAUGCAUAAUCGUCUUAAGCACGAUUGGAAUAGCACAUUGUUCUAUAUUCGUAUCAUUUGUACAGCAUAGCUGCGCUCUUUUCAAUAUCGUCACAUGGAAGAUAGAGAAAGGAUAUAAAAGGAAAUCGCAUAAUUUCUAUCAUACAUACAAUUUUAUCAAUUAUAACGAAGAGUAUGAGUGGAUCAUCGGUAUCAUAAAAUCCUACGACAACGUCAUCGAGUUUGUAACGAAUUUCACGAAACUGUAUUCUACUUAAUUUAUUCGCACAUGUGCCAAUUUUGAAUAAUAAUAUUAUUGCAUGUCUCUCUUCUUUUUCCUUAAAAUUACUCUAUUCUUUUUAUUUCUUUUCGCUCUUUAAGUUUCGUCAAUUUGGUAAAACUUUAUCAUGGGAGAAUUUGUCUGUUCGAGGCGAUAUUCACAAUGUUUGUGAUUAUCUUAAAUUAUAUUUACGUAAGUAAUGUAGACAUUUGUUUGAAAAAUAUAA